AUGGGGGCAAUGAAAUGGGAAAAAGACACAAGUUACGAGACACAAGUUGAAAGGAGUGAUGAUCUGGUGCUGCUGUCAUCCACCCCACAGGGACUACAGCAGCACCUGGACCUGCUGGACAACUACUGCCAGAACUGGGCCCAGGCAGUAAACCUCAAAAAGAUCAGCAUUAUGGUCUUUCAGAAAAAGCCCAGAUGUCAGGAACACAGAUACCAGUUCAGUCUAGAACACACGAUGCAGUACACUUACCUCGGCCUGAUCGUCACUGCAUCGGGGAGUUUCAGUUUGGCAGUCUUCCAGGUGGCGUACAUCAUCAUCAAAGCGGCGAACUCUCCGCGGCCCGGGAACUGGGUUCUGGAGCGCUCUCUGGACGGAGUGGACUUCCAGCCGUGGCAGUACUACGCCAUCAGCGACACCGAGUGUCUGACCCGAUACAACAUCACACCCCGCCUCGGGCCGCCCACCUACAAGAGAGACGACGAGGUCAUCUGCACAUCCUACUACUCGCGCCUGGUGCCGCUGGAGCACGGCGAGAUCCACACGUCUCUCAUAAACGGCCGUCCCAGCGCAGAUGAUCUGACCCCAGAGCUGCUGGAGUUCACCUCCGCUCGCUUCAUCCGGCUGCGUCUGCAGAGGAUCCGAACGCUCAACGCCGACCUCAUGACCCUCAGCUACCGCGACCCCAAAGACGUGGACCCCAUCGUCACCCGGCGGUAUUAUUACUCCAUCAAGGACGUCUCGGUGGGCGGGAUGUGUAUCUGUUAUGGCCACGCCCAGAGCUGCCCCUGGGACCCUGUUACUAAGAAGCUGCAGUGUGUGUGUGAGCACAACACUUGUGGCGAGAGCUGUAAUGAGUGUUGCCCUGGAUACCAUCAGGAGCCGUGGCAACCUGGAACGCUUUCCGAUGGAAACACAUGCGAGAAAUGUAACUGUCACAAUAAGGCUGAGGACUGUUACUACAAUCAGACGGUGGCAGAUCUGCGGCUGAGUGUGAACACACUCGGUCUGUUUGUGGGAGGAGGAGUGUGUGUGACCUGCUCGCAGAACACAGCGGGAGUGAACUGCCAAACCUGUGCGGACGGAUACUACAGACCACACCAGGUGUCUCCGUACUCUGAUAACCCGUGUGUCAAGUGUCAGUGUGACACGAGAGGUUCUGCGAGUCCCGUGUGCAUCAGAGAUGAUAAUCACACGAACCCCGACGCAGGUCUGUCCGCCGGUCAGUGUUUGUGUAAGGAGGGUUUUGCGGGUGAGAAGUGCGACCGCUGUGCGUUCGGAUUCAGGGAUUUCCCACAAUGCACUCGCUGCGAGUGUAAUCUGGCUGGAAGCCACAACGUCGACCCCUGCAGCGAGUGUGUGUGCAAGGUGAAUGUGAUGGGAUCUAACUGUGAUCUGUGUAAGCAGGGCUUCUAUAACCUACAGGACAGUAAUCCUGAGGGCUGCACAGAGUGCUUCUGUUUCGGAGUCUCAGAUGUGUGUGAGAGCUCCACCUGGUUCACCAGCUCGGUGGAGCACAGAGACGGCGUUCUCCUCCGACCUCUUCAGAGCUCCAGCAUCUUCACGUCUCCCGUCUCAGACGACAACCUCAUCGUCUCUAACCUCUCUGCGUCCGCAGGAGUCCGGUCCGAGUGGUCGUGGGCCGCGCCGGAGUCUUUCCUCAACAACAAGCUGACGUCAUAUGGAAGUUUCCUGAACUACAGCGUUGCUUAUGACACGUCUGAGGAUAACGUGGACCGAACGCUUCAAGCUCAUUUCAGCGUAAUUAUUGAGGGAAACGGGCGGAUGCUGCGUGAGGCUCGGUCCGCUCGUCUGCUGCUGAACGCUCACACCGAGCAGCACGUCUCGCUCCUGAUGCUGCCGCAGACGCUCCGAGACGCUCGCAGCGGGAGCCGCGUUCAGAGAGACGAGCUGAUGACGGUGCUGGCGGACGUCGCUGCGCUCAGGGUUCGAGCUCAGCUGGAGGACAGCGCCGAGGGAACGCUCAGGUUGAGUUCGGUGUCUUUAGGUGUUGGAGACACAAGCUCGGGUCUCUCUAAAGUCCCUCUGGAUGUGGAGCAGUGCGAGUGUCCCUGGGGUUAUUCUGGCACUUCCUGUGAGUACUGUGUUCCCGGGUUUUAUCGGGUCGGUGGGAUUCUGUUCGGAGGAAACUGUCUUCAGUGCGAGUGUAACGAUCACGCAGCGGAGUGCGACAUCAACGGAGAGUGUCUGGGCUGCGCACACAACACCACGGGGCCUCACUGCGAUCACUGCAUGCUGGGUUUCUAUGGCGACGCCAGCGAGGGCACACCGGACGACUGCCAGAGAUGCUCCUGCCCACUGACACUGGAGUCCAACAAUUUUAGCCCCACGUGCGUGCUGCAGCGUCCCGGUGAGUUCACCUGUGAUCAGUGCCAGCUGGGAUACGCCGGAGCCAAGUGUGAGAGGUGUGCUGACGGUUACUAUGGCGACCCCGCGGAGCCGGGCCGGCAGUGUUUGGCAUGUGAGUGUAACGGUAACGUGGAUCGGGCUGAAGCGGGUCACUGCGACGGACGCAGCGGAGAGUGUCUGAAGUGCUUGGGUCACACGGCGGGGAGACACUGUGAGCGCUGCACACACGGCUUCUACGGCGACGCCGUGACCCUCAAAAACUGCCAGGCCUGCGGUUGCCAUGGUGACGGCUCUCUGUCCACCGUGUGUCACGUGAUCACGGGUCAGUGUGAGUGUAAGGCUCACGUGAUCGGACAAACCUGCGGCCGCUGUCAGGCGGGUUAUUACGGCAUCCGCAGCGGCGAUGGCUGCAGACUGUGUGAAUGUAACCAAUCAGGCGCUCUGUCUGCGUCAUGUGACGAGGAGGGGCGGUGCCAGUGCAUCACCGGGGUGACGGGUGAUAAGUGUGAGCGCUGUGAGCGCGGAUACUACAGCUUCACCGAGAGCGGAUGCACACCGUGUGACUGCGCACACACACACGGGGACUGUAACGCAGACACGGGCGAGUGCAUCUGUCCUCCGCACACACUCGGCCUGAAGUGUGAGGAGUGUGAGGAAGGUCACUGGGGUCACGACGGCGUGUCCGGCUGUACGAUCACGCUGGGCUCUGCUCCGGCUCUGCUGCGUGUCGUGUCUCAGAGUGACCUGCAGGGGACGCUGGAGGGAGUUUCUUACAGCGAUCAAGAGAUGCUGCUGGACACGUCUCACCUCCACAGUCUGUCUGUCCUCACCGGCCCGUAUUACUGGAGACUCCCGAUCUCUAAUAUCUCUCUGGACACGGCUCUGGAGGCGGACGAGGCUCCUCAGGGUGGAGAUGUGGCGCGGUUGGUGGAGACGUGUGAGUGUCCGCUGGGAUACGCUGGACUCUCCUGUCAGGAGUGUGCUCCGGGGUUUUACCGUCAGGCCGUGUCCGAGCUCAACAUGAAGGGCAGAAAGCGUCCGCUCAUUCGGCCCUGCGUCCCCUGCCGGUGCAACAACCACAGCCUGUCAUGUGACCUGGACACGGGCGAAUGUCUGGGCUGCCAGCACAGCACCGCAGGAGAGCACUGCCACGUCUGCGCCGCAGGGUAUUAUGGGAAGGUUCAGGGCUCCGUCAGAGACUGCUCGCUGUGCACCUGUCCUCUUCGGGGUCAGAGUUUCAGCUCGACGUGUGUGUUAGAGGGCGCCGGUGAUUUCCGCUGUGAUCGCUGUGAGGCGGGAUACGAGGGCCGUUACUGUGAGAGUGUGUAUGUGAGCAGGUCUGCAGUGUCUGUGCUGGAGAAGGUUCAGGAGGAGAUGUCAAAACCCUUCAGUCACAACCGCUUCGGACAGGAGAACAUCUCCACAACCCUCACCACACACAGCCAGCGGCUCCUGCAGGUCCAGGAGGCCCUAAACACAGCCGAGAGCCACAACAACCACAGCAGACACCUGCUCGACGACAUCCAGACCAGCCUACAGACGCUCACAAUCUCCAGGAACAAUGUCAGCAGUCUGAAACAGGAAGUAGAAACGCAGGUACAGGAAGCUCAAGACCUGCUGAGCGAUGCCCUCAAUAUCGCUGAAGACAUGAGGAACGGCACGGCUACUCUGGAUGAGACGAGGAAUGAUCUGGAAGGAUGGAGUCCGUCUCUCAGGAAGCAUGUGGACGCUUUAGUGAUGGACUUGACCAGAAGAGACGCCCUACAGCUGGUGUACAGAGCCGAGGAUCACGCACAAGCUCUCCGCAAACAGGCACAAGCUCUUAACAGUUCUCUUUCUGAGGUCAGGUCUGCAGCAGUAAACGCCACCAGCGCCACUCAAACCAACACCAACCUCAGAGAACACACACAGCUGGCUGAAGAUCUGGCCCACGCCGCCAAUCAAAGCGCUAGCUCCGCCCUCAAUCUGACGUCUGAGUCCGAGCACUCGCUGACUGAGCAAGGGAAGACAGCGCUUCAGAAGAGUUCAGAGAAUCUGGACACCAGCGGAUCCCUGAAGAACCACACAGAAGGGCUGGUGUUUAGCGUCCGUGAAGUGACCAGCAGGUUGAGUCUGGCUAGAGCGAGCGUUCAGAACGUCACACAGCUGCUCCCAGAAGCCCUGCACAUCCUGAGAAACCUCCCUAAUGGCAGCAGAGCUGAAGUGCUCGAGGCGAAGCAGCAGCAGGAAGCAGUGAAUGCAUCUUUACAGGAAGCUCUGGAGCGUCUGGAGGAUUAUCGUGUGAAGCUGCAAGAGUCGUCUUCUGCUGUGGGCUCGGCUAAUAACAGCAUCAGGAGCACUAACCAGCUACUCAGAGACUCGGAGGAGACCGCCAGCGCAGCCAGAUCCAGACUGAGCGAGGCUCACCUGAAGACAGAGCGUCUGUUCGACCGUCUGAAACCCCUGCAGACGCUGGGAGAGAACCUGAGCAGAAACCUGUCGCAGAUCAAAGAGCUGAUCCGUCAGGCUCGCAAGCAGGCGGCGUCGAUUAAAGUGUCUGUUUCUGCGGAUAAGGAUUGCGUGCGAGCGUACAGACCAGAGGUGAGCUCCAGUAACUUCAACACGCUCACGCUGACCAUGAAGACCAGCGAACCGGACAGCCUGCUCUUCUACAUGGGCAGCAGCAGCGCCAGCGUGAUUUCGUCGUUCCACUUCGACGGCAGCGGUUUCUCUGUGCUGGAGAAGUCCCUGCGCUCCAUGUCCACCAGCGUGGUCAUGUUCUUCAAGACUCUCUCUCCUAACGGCCUGCUGCUGUAUCUGGCCUCCAACGGCACCAGGGACUUCCUGUCCAUCGAGCUGGUGGAAGGGAAGGUUCACCUGACCUUUGAACUGGGCUCCGGAGCACUGACCUUGACCUCCAACAGAACAUACAACACCGGCACCUGGUACAGAAUCGCCCUGCAGAGGAACAAGCGCCGAGGUCAUUUGUCAGUCAUGGCCGCUGAUAAACCCUCAGAGCGAGAGGUCAUGGAGGCGGAGUCACCGGGUUCGGCCUCUGACCUCAAUCGCUCUGACCUCGACCCCAUCUACAUCGGCGGAUUACCGGCCUCUCGACCAAUCAGGAGGCAGGUUGUGGCUCGCUCUUUCGUCGGCUGUAUGAAGAAUGUAGAAAUCGCUCGCACAAACUUCGACCUGCUCAGAGAGUCGUAUGGAGUGAAGAAAGGCUGCGUCCUCAAGCCCAUCCGCAGCGUGUCGGUGUUCGGCGGAGGUUUUCUGCAGAUGCCCGCCGUCCUCUUGGCUCCUCACACGGAGAUCAUGAGCAGCUUCUCCAGCAGACGAGAGCGCGGCGUGAUCCUGGCGGGAUUCAGCAGCAGCGCGGGACGCUCGCGCCGACACACGCAGCAGCCGUUCCUGGUCGUGAUGCUGGUGUCCGGAUCGCUGGAGGUUCAUGUGGGCGGGGCCGAGGGCGGGGCCAUGCACAGAGCAGUCGUCAAAUCACAGAACGGCUCCUUCAGUGACGGACAGGAGCAUUCGCUCAUACUGCAGAGGAACAAAAGGUCCAUCGCAGUGUUUGUGGACGAGCAGAACCAGGCGACGGUGAAGCUGGGCUUGUCUGCAGAUAAAGCUCUGGCUCUGGAGCGGCUCUUCAUCGGCGGCGUUCCUCCGGGAGAGACGGGAUCCAGCGACUCCUUCUACGGCUGCAUCAGGAACACUGCGGUGGACGGCAUGCUGCUGGAUCUUUCCUCUGCUCUGCGCUAUGAGGACGUGGACAUGGACAGCUGUUUACUAGAGGAGAGACCCAAACGUGUGGUUCUGCCUGAUGAGCUGGAGGCGGAGCCGACCUCUGACCCCGCCACACGACCCCUGUCACCCUCGGUGGAGCUGAGCGCGCUCACACCCGGCAGCAGCAGCGUGAGUCACACUCACACUCUGGCGGCGUGUCUGCGGGACGUGAUGUUCAGCGGCGUCCAGAUGAAGCUGAGCGCUGCGCUGUCGUCUCACGCCGCGGGCUCCUGCUUCAGACGCGCUCAGAGCGGCAGCUUCUUCAGCGGCAGCGGAUACGCCGCUUUCAUGAAAGAGGGCUAUAACGUGGGCUCGGACGUCUCCGUGAGUCUGGACUUCCGCUCCACGGCGCCGGAUGGGGUUCUGUUGGGAAUCAGCAGCACUAAGGUGGACGCCAUCGGCCUGGAGCUCGUCAGCGGACAGUGUGUGCUGAUAGUUAAUAGUGCGCUCGUCUCGUCACAGGUGGUGUUUAACGUGAAUAACGGCGCGGGCCGGAUCACUGCGCGCAGCAGGAGCGCUGUGUCCAUGUGUGACGGCCGCUGGCGCACCCUGGUGGCCAAGAAGCAGAAGCACAGCUUGAGUCUGACCGUAGACGGUGUGACGGUGACCGCGGAGAACCCGUACUCAUCCUCCACCUCGGCCGAGACCAAAAACCCCAUCUAUGUGGGCGGAUACCCAGCGGACGUGAAGCAGAACUGUCUGAGCUCCACAGAGCCGUUCCGCGGCUGCAUGAGGAACCUGCGCGUGUUUAAGGGCCACGUCACCGAUGAGCUGGACUUCAGCGCCGCCUUCGCUCACCCACACGUGACACACAGUCUGGCGGCGUGUCUGCGGGACGUGAUGUUCAGCGGCGUCCAGAUGAAGCUGAGCGCUGCGCUGUCGUCUCACGCCGCGGGCUCCUGCUUCAGACGCGCUCAGAGCGGCAGCUUCUUCAGCGGCAGCGGAUACGCCGCUUUCAUGAAAGAGGGCUAUAACGUGGGCUCGGACGUCUCCGUGAGUCUGGACUUCCGCUCCACGGCGCCGGAUGGGGUUCUGUUGGGAAUCAGCAGCACUAAGGUGGACGCCAUCGGCCUGGAGCUCGUCAGCGGACAGGUGGUGUUUAACGUGAAUAACGGCGCGGGCCGGAUCACUGCGCGCAGCAGGAGCGCUGUGUCCAUGUGUGACGGCCGCUGGCGCACCCUGGUGGCCAAGAAGCAGAAGCACAGCUUGAGUCUGACCGUAGACGGUGUGACGGUGACCGUGGAGAACCCGUACUCAUCCUCCACCUCGGCCGAGACCAAAAACCCCAUCUAUGUGGGCGGAUACCCAGCGGACGUGAAGCAGAACUGUCUGAGCUCCACAGAGCCGUUCCGCGGCUGCAUGAGGAACCUGCGCGUGUUUAAGGGCCACGUCACCGAUGAGCUGGACUUCAGCGCCGCCUUCGCUCACCCACACGUCUUCCCUCACUCCUGCCCGGAUAACGCUGCCUAAACGCCUCCGGUUCAUGCAAACACAGCUCAGUUCAUUUGUACUGAGGAUGGUUUUAAUAGUCCUGCAGAUGGUUUGUGAAUUUUGACUCAUAACCGGUUUAGAUUUGAUACUUGUUCAGGGUUUCUGCGGGUCUUAAUUCACCCUUUCACAGAUGAAGGCCUUAAAAAGGUGUUAAAUCAGAGCAGAGAGUCUUAAAUUCAUUAAGUCGUGGCAUUAAGUGUUGCAUGCACUGGA